GAUAUUAGUAAAUGUAGUGUUUGUCGCCAAAAAUAAGCAUUGAUUAGGGUUUUCGUGAUAACUAAUUUUACCUGCAAUCACAAGUCUGAGACUCAGUCACACACACAGCGGCACCACUUUCCUUCGAGAAAUCAUGACUAAGAGAACGAAGAAGGCAGGGAUUGUUGGAAAAUAUGGUACCAGAUAUGGUGCUAGUCUACGGAAGCAGAUUAAGAAGAUGGAAGUUAGUCAACAUAGCAAAUUUUUCUGCGAGUUUUGUGGAAAGUAUGCCGUGAAAAGGAAGGCUGUAGGAAUAUGGGGAUGCAAGGAUUGUGGGAAAGUGAAAGCAGGGGGUGCCUACACUUUGAAUACUGCAAGUGCUGUGACUGUGCGGAGCACCAUCCGGAGGUUGAGAGAACAAACCGAGAGUUGAGCUUUUUAAAGGUUGAUUUAACUUUUAAGAUUUUGGUUAAAUUUACUCGAUAAAUUACUAGUUUGUGUUCAGAGAGCUCUGUGUUGUUGGAAUGCAAUGUGAACCAAGUUUUUUGUUCUUAUCAACGAAUACCAUGAUUUAAUUGCUUAGACCUGUUUUCUGUAUUGGAGCACAAUAGCUUCAUAUUUUAUUUUGAACUUGGGGAUUUUGCUUUGUUACACUUUUUUUUUACACUCCUUGCAACCAAUUUUAAGCUCACAAAAA